UUGUCUCUCAGUUCAUACACAAAAACAGUCAAAGAGAGAGGUAGCACCUGUUGCUCUUAGCUUUAGUUCUCUUGAUCGCUGGUGUUGUUUGAUUCAAUGGCUGAAUUGAAAAGCUGUAAUGAAUGGAACCCUUUUUUCCUAAUGAUAGCAAUAGAUUUUUCUUUUGCUGUGGUGAAUAUUCUUCUUAAGAAAGUCCUUGAUGAUGGGAUGAACCAUUUGGUUCUCAUAACAUUCCGGUUGUCAAUCUCUACAAUUUUCUUGGCCCCCAUUGGUUACUUUUGGGAAAGGAACACCAGGCCAAAGCUCACACCGCGCAUUUUAUGUUACCUCUUUUGCAGUGCAAUCGUCGGGGCCUCACUAACGCAGUACUUCUUUCUCCUUGGAAUUCAAUACACAUCCGCUACAUUCGCAUGCGCUUUCGUCAACAUGGUACCGGUUGUCACGUUUAUAAUGGCAUUACCAUUCCGGAUCGAAACUGUGAACCUCAAAAGCAACAGUGGGAGAGCCAAAAUACUCGGUUCGGUGAUUUGUGUCGGAGGAGGCUUGCUACUAACACUUUAUAAAGGAAGGCCUUUGUUCAAACACCAACACUCACACGCUGUGGCUCAAACUGUGGCGAAUGUCGUCAAGCUGAGCCCUUCUAGAAGGGCACAGAGGUGGACUAUUGGUUGCUUAGCGCUGGUAGUGGGAACCCUGUUGUGGUCUUCUUGGUUUAUCAUUCAAUCAUUUGUUGGAAGAAGAUACCCUUGCCAAUUCUCCAGCACUGCAAUCAUGUCUUUCUUUGGUGCCAUUCAAUCGGCUGCCUUAAGCUUGUUUACAAGCAGGGACCUUUCCAUGUGGGUACUGAAGGGAAAAGUGGAAAUCAUAACUGUCCUCUAUGCAGGAAUGAUCGGGUCUGGCUUGUCGUACGUCGGAAUGGCAUGGUGUGUCAAGAAGAGGGGUCCGGUCUUCACAGCAGCCUUUAGUCCACUUGUCCAGAUAAUGGCAGCCAUGUUUGACAUCCCCUUACUCCAUGAGCAACUAAAUCUUGGGAGUUUGUUGGGUUCGAUCAUUGUCAUUCUCGGAUUGUAUAUUCUUCUUUGGGGCAAGAACAGAGAGAUGCAGAACUGUGCUUUGAAAAUUGCACAAGAAGCCAAAGAGAUUAGGGAACAAGAGGUUCAACUACCGGUCAUCACAGUUGCUUGCGAUUCAAGUUAUCCCGAGACCAAGUAGCAUUUUGCUGCCUCCUGUUCAAGUUCAUUUCUUUGUGGUAUUCAAAUAACCCUCUUAAUUAAUACCACCAAAUAUGUUUUCAACUUCCCUUGUUCAAUUGUUCCACAACAAGGAAAUCAACAUCAAAAAAAGUUUUACUUUUUUUAACAA